AGAGGGCGUGCAAGAGAGUGUGCACCUCACCCGCCAGCCUGUGGGGUUUACUACAGUACGAGGUGACUGUGGCGGCAGUGGCGGUGCCGGCUACAACCGGAGCCCGAGCGGAGUGGAAGCCGGCAGAGCAGAGGAGCAUCCCGGCGUCCCGGUUCCAGGAGGCGUGGCCCGCGGGUCAUGGCCAAAGGAGAGGGCGCCGAGAGCGGCUCCGCGGCGGGGCUGCUGCCCACAGGCGUCCUUAAAGCUGGUGAACAUCCGGCCCAGGUGAUGAUGAAGGAACCAAAGAAGAAACAACAGUUGUCCAUUUGCAACAAGCUUUGCUAUGCAGUUGGGGGGGCCCCAUACCAGGUGACGGGCUGUGCCCUAGGGUUCUUCCUGCAGAUCUACCUGUUGGAUGUGGCUCAGGUAGACCCAUUCUCUGCCUCCAUCAUCCUAUUCGUGGGCCGAGCUUGGGAUGCCUUCACAGACCCCCUGGUGGGCUUCUGCAUUAGCAAAUCCUCCUGGACCCGGCUGGGCCGCCUCAUGCCCUGGAUUGUCUUCUCCACACCCCUGGCCAUCAUUGCCUACUUCCUCAUCUGGUUCGUCCCUGACUUCCCACAGGGCCAGGCCCUGUGGUACCUGCUUUUCUAUUGCCUCUUUGAGACACUGGUCACAUGUUUCCACGUUCCCUACUCAGCUCUCACCAUGUUCAUCAGCACAGAGCAGAGUGAGCGGGAUUCAGCCACUGCCUAUCGGAUGACUGUGGAGGUAUUGGGCACAGUGCUGGGAACAGCAAUCCAGGGGCAAAUUGUAGGCCAAGCGGAUACGCCUUGUCUCCAGGUCCCCAAUGGUUCAGAAGUGGCCUCGGAAGGUGCCAAUCGCACACACAGCUCCACUUCACUCAGAGAAACGCAAAAUGCAUACCUGCUGGCAGCAGGGGUCAUUGCCUCCAUCUAUGUCAUCUGUGCUGUCAUCCUGGUCCUGGGUGUGCGAGAGCAGAGAGAACCCUAUGAGACUCAGCAGGCUGAGCCAAUGUCCUUCUUUCGGGGCCUCCGGCUGGUCAUGAGCCACGGCCCAUAUAUCAAGCUUAUCGCUGGCUUCCUCUUCACCUCCCUGGCAUUCAUGCUGGUGGAAGGGAACUUUGCUUUAUUUUGCACCUACACCUUGGGCUUCCGCAACGAAUUCCAGAAUCUGCUCCUGGCCAUCAUGCUCUCAGCCACAUUCACCAUUCCUCUCUGGCAGUGGUUCCUAACUCGGUUUGGCAAGAAAACGGCUGUAUACAUCGGGAUCUCAUCAGCAGUGCCGUUUCUCAUCUUGGUGGCCCUCAAGGAGAGCAACCUGAUUGUCACAUACGUAGUAGCCGUGGCAGCUGGCAUCAGUGUAGCAGCCGCCUUCUUACUACCCUGGUCCAUGCUGCCCGACGUCAUUGACGACUUCCUCUUGAAGCAGCCUCACUCCCAUGGAACCGAGCCCAUCUUUUUCUCCUUCUACGUUUUUUUCACCAAGUUUGCCUCUGGAGUCUCACUGGGCAUCUCUACUCUCAGUCUUGACUUUGCUGGGUACCAGACCCGUGGCUGCUCCCAGCCAGCACGUGUCAGGUUUACACUGAAGAUGCUGGUGACAAUGGCUCCCAUAGUCCUCAUCUUGCUAGGCCUGCUGCUCUUCAAGCUAUACCCCAUUGAUGAGGAGAAGCGGCGGCAGAACAAGAAGGCACUGCAGGCUCUGAGGGAAGAGGCCAGCAGCUCAGGCUGCUCUGACACAGACUCUACAGAGCUGGCCAGCAUCCUCUAGGACCUGCUGUGUUACCUGAAGCCCCCAUGAAAAGGGCAUGCAUCACUAGGCCAUAUGAGAAAUCCAGGCCUGCUUGCCCACUCACUGAACAGCUGAUCUCCAGGUGCCAAGAAGAGAGCCAAAGACUUGAAAGUAAACAGCCCAUGAUAACAACUGUGCCCACCUUGGGGUGGGCUAUUCCUACAGCUUCCUGCCUCCUCUCUCUCAACCCAUGGGACCAAGCCCUGGGACUGCUACUGUGAAUAUGCCAAGGACUGAUGGGGCCUAGCCUGGAACACUAAUGUAGAAACAUUUUAUAUGGAGACUAAUUAAUAACUUAAUGACUGUACAUAGCCUUGUGUGUAUAUAUAUAUAUAUAUA